CGCGUGCAGAGACGAAGGCGACGCGCACAGUCGGAUUAACGUUAACAUUCGUUUUGGCUGCGAGAGAUAAACACAAACGGUUAACGAAAGAACGGGAGUACGAGAGAGAACAAGUGCCUGACAGUCGCCAGUUCUCAACGCGCUGCCGUUGUGUGCGGACGUGUGUGUGUGUGCGCGCAUAAAAUAACAGAGUAGAAAUAGAAGGAGGGAAAUUUGUUCAAAAUAAAACACGUGCGUGCGCUGCGAGAUUCGUUGUUGUUGUAGUCGGAAACAGUGAGUGAGAGAGAGAGAGAGAGAGGAAGAGAGAGAGACAGCAUCACGACAUGGAGGAUCGCAUGAUGGCCCACACCGGCGGCAUGAUGGCACCCCAGGGCUACGGCCUGCCCGGCCAGGACGAUGGCCAAAAUGCUGGCAACGAGAACGAGGUGCGCAAGCAAAAGGACAUCGGCGAAAUACUUCAACAGAUCAUGAGCAUUUCGGAGCAAUCCCUGGACGAGGCCCAGGCCAGGAAGCAUACGCUCAACUGUCAUCGCAUGAAGCCGGCCCUGUUCUCCGUUCUGUGCGAGAUCAAGGAGAAAACCGUUCUGUCCAUUCGCAACACGCAGGAGGAGGAGCCACCAGAUCCGCAACUGAUGCGCCUGGACAACAUGCUGAUUGCCGAGGGCGUGGCUGGGCCAGAAAAGGGCGGCGGCGGCGCCGCGGCAGCCUCAGCAGCGGCCGCCAGCCAAGGCGGUUCACUGUCCAUCGAUGGCGCCGACAAUGCCAUCGAGCAUUCGGAUUAUCGCGCCAAGCUGGCCCAGAUCCGACAGAUCUAUCACCAGGAGCUGGAGAAAUACGAGCAGGCCUGCAAUGAGUUUACCACGCACGUCAUGAAUCUGCUGCGCGAGCAGAGCCGCACCAGACCCAUCACACCCAAAGAAAUCGAGCGCAUGGUGCAGAUAAUCCACAAGAAAUUCAGCUCGAUUCAGAUGCAGCUGAAGCAAUCGACCUGCGAGGCGGUGAUGAUAUUGCGAUCUCGAUUCUUGGACGCGCGUCGCAAGCGUCGCAAUUUCAGCAAACAGGCAUCCGAAAUACUCAAUGAGUAUUUUUACAGUCAUCUGAGCAAUCCGUAUCCAUCCGAAGAGGCCAAGGAGGAGCUGGCGCGCAAGUGUGGCAUAACGGUAUCGCAAGUAUCGAACUGGUUUGGCAACAAGCGCAUUCGCUACAAGAAAAACAUCGGCAAGGCCCAGGAGGAGGCCAAUCUGUAUGCGGCCAAAAAGGCAGCCGGCGCCUCGCCCUAUUCAAUGGCCGGUCCGCCCAGCGGCACCACAACGCCCAUGAUGUCGCCAGCACCGCCGCAGGACUCGAUGGGCUAUCCGAUGGGCUCCGGCGGUUACGAUCAGCAGCAGCCGUACGAUAACAGCAUGGGCGGCUACGAUCCCAAUCUGCAUCAGGAUCUUAGUCCUUGAGGAUAGGCUUGCCAAAGCUAAAAUCACAACAACAACAAACACUAACAAAAAAUCAACUAAUAGAAAGUACUACUUCAUUUUGUUUCAACCCAAUUUUCUUCUUUUCGUCGUUUAUCUCUAUUAAAUUGUGCGUGUAAAAACUUAACGAACUUAACGAAUGUGUGCGUGUGUGUGUGUGUGUGCAGCAUACAAUCAAUUAUGUAUACGAUUAUGUCUCAAUUAUUAUAACAUGAGGCGAAUAAGCAAAAUUUAAGAAA